CAUCUGCAUUCAAGCCAAUUCUCAAUUCUUUGCGAGUGCAUUUCUGUUUCUCUCCACUAAAAAAGAAAUGGGUGUCCUUCAUCUUAACUCAGAGACUACAACAGCUGUAGCUCCAUCUAGGAUGUUCAAGGCUUUCAUCCUUGACUCCCAGAAUCUUCUCCCAAAGCUGGUGCCACAAUCAUUCAAGAACAUUGAGUUAAUCGAAGGCGAUGGAGGCGUUGGCAGCAUCAAGCUAAUAAACUUCCCUGAUGGAAGUUACUACAAGUAUGUGAAGCACAGGAUCGACGUACUCGACAAAGAGGACUUUGUGUGCAAGUACACUUUGAUUGAAGGCGACACUUUGGGGGAUAAGCUUGAAUCAAUUGUGUACGAGGUUAAAUUCGAGGCUUCUUCUGACAAUGGUGGAAGCGUUUGUAAGGUGGCCAGUGAAUACCAUACAAAGGGUGAUCAUGAAAUUAAAGAAGAAGUCUUCAAGGCAAGCCAAGAAAAAGCAGUGGAAUUGUACAAGGUUGUGGAAGCACAUCUCUUGGCAAACCCUGACCUCUAUGCCUAAAGUUCACUUAACCAGUUUCGAAUUGGUUGCUAUUCAGGAUUCUGUCAUACUGUGAUAUUUUCUUUUCUUUUUGUUUAUUCACCAUGUUUUGGUUUAAAUGUCUGGUCGAAGCUUGAAAGCUAGAGUUUGUUCAAUAAAUUUGCACCAAUUAUAAGGUGAGUGUCUCAAUAAAUUGCUAUUCUGUUGGAUAUUUUAA